CUUUAUGUACGCGAGUACGUCAUCUUACUCUGCCACUAACAGUUUUGAUUCCUGAUCCGCCACUACUCUCAACCGGACGACAACCAUCUUGUUUGUGAAAAUGAAUCAAAGAACUUCCGCAGACAAAGAACAAUGCACUGUUGCAACAAGAAGGUCUACUCGUUUUCAUCCCAAAAAUCAGCAAGAAUCAGAAGAUCCAAAGACUCCUGAUAUCAAACAAAGGGAAAUUCGCAAAAAAAAUCCAAAUAAGAAGCCGGGGCAAGUUACAAGAGAGGCCAUAGAAAAGUCCGGAGCUGCUAUAGAUUCCACAAAUUCAUUUCCUGCUGAAGUUGAAUGUUCAACCAAAUUUUCAAACCCCAAUGGCUCCAUUAUUCCCUCAAGUUCUAGCACAGGGCCAAGAAGAUCCUCAAGAUUAAAUUCGCAGAGUAGCCAAGCCGAGGAUUUCACCAGCCUGAGACGAUCACCGAGGGUUGCAGGCAAUUGUAGCAUUCGGAAACACUGUAUUGAUAAUAAUGAGAAAAGGGCCCCCCAGGAUGAUGGAGUAAAGGUCAGUAUGCUUGUCACCUCAUCAAAUGAAUCCAUGGUUAAUCUAGGGAAGAGGGUUACUAGGAGUUCUUUUCAGCCCCUGGCUGAUGAAAGAAAAGCCAAAUACUCUCCUCGUAAUACUAAGAAAAAGCCCCCUCGAGGCUGGAUUAGGGAUUGUUCUGCGAAAAAGGAACAAAGGCUGAAAGUUUUGGACUCUCCUUCGAAUAGGAACUCUGAUUUGACUCUCAAACCUGAUGGGGUAGAUGCCAGUUCAUCCAAUAAAUCUAUGGUUAGUCUGGAGAAGAGGGUUACUAGGAGUUCUUCUCAGCCUGGGGCUAAUAAAAGAAUAGCCAAGCAUAGUAGCAGAAGUGUUAUGCCUUCUACCAGCAAGUUGGAAAAGAUUGAAACGUCUCCUGCUCAAUCCUCCUUAGAAGUUGCAAUCAAGGGAAGAGAUAAAACUGAGGAAAUUAUUGAUUUGGGAGACAAAGACCGAUGUGUGAAGAGGAAGAAAGCAAAGAGAGGAGAUGGGCAUUUUACUAUAACAAAUAAUGGGUGUUGGACCAAGGAGCAAGAGCUGGCAUUGCGAAGAGCAUAUAUUUCUGCCAAGGCAACACCUCACUUUUGGAAGAAAGUUGCAAAGAUGGUGCCUGGGAAGUCAGCACAGGAAUGCUUUGACAGGAUACAUUCAGAUCACAUGACCCCACCCCAACCCUGCCAACGUUCAAGGGCAAAACAGGCAACAUCAUUGCCUUUAUCCUCUCUCAGCUCUAGCAAAUUGCUUCAACCGGCUAAUCCAAAACCAAAGAGACACAUUUCCAAAAAAGCACUAAGAGAGAUGUUAAAUAAGCAGUGCAAGGUAGAUAACCAUACUAUAGAAAAGGACCUCUACAGUUUACUUGAGGAGGAGUCAACAAAAACAACAGAUUAUCAUCUUCUAACUAGCAGCAGUUCUGAAGUACUUACCCCUGAGAUGAAGUUAGAUCGCUCAAGUAACUUUGCACGGUUAAGUAACUUGGCGGGGACCACGACCACUCUCUUUAGCCCUCCUGUUUUAAAGCCGAUCAAGAACAAAGCCUUGCAUGACAGAUACAUUGAUCAGUUGCUUUGCAGGGAGGCUAAGAGAAAAGCUGCGUUUAUAAGAAAGUCGAAGCAUAACCAAGUCAAGGAUGAAGUAGAUCAACAAAAAGUAGAUGCGAAAACAAUUCAGGCUGCAAAGAGUGCUCUCAUCUUUGAUGCAAGAGAUGCUAUCCAACAGUUCAAGAAUGUGCAAAUAAAUCAGUUUGGAGAUGCCUCUAGUGAUGGGGAAGAUGAUGAUGGUUUUGGUUACAAUGAUGAUGAUGAUGAAGAGGACUGAGUUUGGGAUGUUGCCUGUCUUUAUUUUUAGACAAAAGUAGGAAGCUACUAUUAGGUCUGACAGAGAGACCAUAGUAGGAUGCUACUAAUAAGAAUUGAGCUUUUCUCCUAUCUCACCACUAUUAGAUUAACACCCCCAAGAAACUCAUUUCCGAUGGCUGGGCAGUUCUACCUAGCUUCUACCAGCCUUCUCUGCCGCAGGAGUAUAAAUUAGUACUAAUGAGGAUAGAAACAAAGGCUGUGUUAUAGCCUGUCUCAUUUCUUAUAUUUCUGUGCUCUACAAUUGGUUUGUUAUCUCCUAAAGGUGUAAACUUUGAAGCUUUAAUGGAUACAAAAGCCUGUCUGAUAGAUCCUCACGGUGUUCUUGAUCGAUGGGAUUCUGACGCUGCUGAUCCUCGUAGCUGGUCCAUGGUUACUUGCUCUGCAGAUGGUUUAGCUGUUGGACUCAUUGUAGGAAAUCCUCUGAUAUGUGUCACCAGGUCCGAAUCAUACUGCAAAGGCAUGGCUAUGCUGCCUAUGUCAAUUCCAGUUGACACUUCAGGAAAAAUACCAGGUUAAGAAAAUUCAGAGAACCAUGAUACACUUGUGAACCAAGUAGGCUUGAGAGGCAAAUAUGAUGAGAUAGAGCUAGAGGAAAUGGUUCAAGUUGCUUUUCUAUGCACCCAUUAUCUUCGAGGCCUUUAGGCCCAAAAUGUCUGAAGUGGUUCGAGUGCUCAUAGGCCAUGGGCUUGCGGAGAAAUGGGAAGCAUCUCACAAAGCAGAACAGUCACAGAAGUACGUGACGACACAUGUUCUCAUCAUCGGAGCGUUUCUCAGAUGUCACGAAUGACUCUUCUGUGCUUGCUCAAGCCAUGGAGCUCUCCAGUCCAAGGUGUGCCCUGAAGCCGAAGUGGAUGCCAACUGGUUUUAAAGAUCAUGAUUUUUUAGUACAUAGAGUGAAGUGAGAUUUUUAGAAGGCGGGCAUAUACAUAUGGCUAAAGAAGGCUGUCCCGACUAGAGUGUUUAUUAUGAUGUUGCAUAGGAGUGUAAGACGUACGAAAUUAAUGACAUCAACUGGGUUUGGUUUUCCAAGUGAAUGAGAACUUUGAUAGAUGACAUUCUUUGUACAAGAAAACAAUGAUAAUUUUAGGUUUGUUUAUAACUAGACUAGAUGAUGAGAAAGGCUAACAUGGGAAAAUUUCAAGUGUUCAAGGUCAAUCAAUCCAUUAGGGCAUCC